CCGGACACUGCCCUGUAUCUCUCAUGCUGCUGAGCGGACACUCCACGGCUCCAGCCAGCGGUCUCCAGCAGCAGCAGUCAGCGGAACCCAGCAGGACCGUCCGGGCAGACACCAGCCGUAGCAGCCUCAGCAGCAGAGGGAGUCCCCCAGCCGCCUCCAGCACGGGACAGCAAUGCGCCGGCAGCAUGGCCAAAUGGAUCAAGGAGCACCUGGGCUUCAAGAGCUCCAAACCGCCUCCUCCUGCCCCUCCUAAACCGGAUUAUAGGCAAUGCCUGGCAGGGGGAGCCCAGCCUCACCACCACCACCACCAUCAUCACCACCUGCACUCCACUGGACUACAGUUCCCCGUCACCCCAGCGGGACAGCCGGACAUACUGGCCGCUUACAAGCUGCAGAAAGAAAGAGACUUUGAAGACCCCUAUACGACGACUUCUAGUAGCACUACUUCAGCUUCCUUACCCAACUCCUCUGUAGUGCCCACUGCGCCCCCCGCUUCUACUGCCCAGUCCCCAUCCUCUCCUUCUCCCUCUCCUGAUGUCAAGUAUGUGUCCCCAAAGCACAGACUCAUCAAAGUGGACACUGGAGACAAAGGGGCGUCUAGUCCGACCAGCAGCACUAACCCUUCAGCCAGUAACCCUUCCAGCACCAUCAAGUCCCCUCCUGCCACAGCUGUGACCCCCCAGCUAGAAGACGGCAAACAGGACAAAGUAGUCAUUGUUGAAGACUAUGCAGACCCUUUUGAUGCAAAACAGGGCCCAGGGAGCCAGGCUACAGCAGAGAUCGUAACAGAGAAUGAUGGCUACAUGGAACCAUAUGAGGCUCAGAAAAUGAUGGCAGGUAAGAAAAUAGCUGCAUUUAG